AUGGCAUCAUCAGGGACUGGCACUGGCUCUCCUUGUGGCGCAUGCAAGUUUCUCCGGAGGAAAUGUGCUUCCGAUUGUGUUUUUGCGCCUUACUUUUGCUCCGAACAAGGACCUGCUCGAUUUGCAGCCAUUCAUAAGGUGUUUGGUGCUAGUAAUGUGUCCAAGUUGUUGUUGCAUGUCCCGGUUGCUGAUCGUUGUGAGGCGGUUGUCACUAUCGCCUACGAAGCUCAAGCAAGGAUCAGAGACCCCGUUUAUGGAUGUGUUGCCCAUAUUUUUGCCUUGCAACAACAGGUGGCAUGUUUGCAAGCACAGUUGAUGCAAGUGAAGGCUCAACUAGCACAAAAUCUAAUCGAUUCACCACGCAUUAAUGUAGAGAAUAUUCAUCACCAGUGGCAAGGAAAUAACGUUUCUGGGGUGCCAUCAUUUCCAACUUGCAUCAAUCCAAUCUCCCCACAAAGCUCACUCGAUUCACUUGACCUUAACAACAACAGUAUGGAUCAUGGGAUGAUGAGUAUGCAAGACAUACAAAGCAGAGAGGAAUUUGCAUUCCAAUCCUGUGCCAAGGUCAAAAGACCAUACAAUAGUGACUUGGGUGAGCUUCAAGCACUGGCACUUAGAAUGAUGAGAAACUAA